AUGUAUGCCAACAGUAAAGGACGGCAAGGAGCGAAUAAUGCAAAAGGUGAUAUCUCAGCUUCACCUCAAACAACGUCAUCAUCUUCAUCCAGUUCUGCUGCCUCAUCCUCUUCUUCUGCUGAUACAUCUGCGGCUGUAAGAGCGUAUGCUGCUUCAGCAAGAGGUAAAUCAGUCAGUCCACCUCCAUCGGCAAUACCCAAAAAGCAAGCAAAAGGGAGUGAGGAUGUGAAAUCAGAUGCUGAUUCCUCAACUACAAACAAAUCAGAUCCAAAGAUUGAAGGAGGGGCACAGAAGAUGUUCAGGAAAGAGGCUAUCAAUCCAGAUAAUCCGGCACCGGAUCCAAAAGCGAAUGGAUCGGCGGCAACAUCGAAAGAAGAUUCAAUUCAGUCAGAAGAAAUUCCAAAUAAUUCUACACAAUCAUCUGAGAAGAAUGAACAGAUAAAUUUGACAGAAGGCGUCAUAAUAUCAUCUAAUGGCAGCUCGAAGAGAACCGGACAAUCUCAAGGUUUCUUUCCUCCCACAAGUAAUGCUUUGAACAGACAGAAUUCCUCCGGUUCACAGGAUACACAUGGCGAUGGUGGCUCAGGCGGUCCGCCUGCAAUGUCAGAAAGUACGGCAGAAUCCAACGAGAAGCCGCCAAGACAUUUGAUUUUAUACCCAUUCAAUACACAUGCUUUCAUCAAGCGCUUACAAGAAGCCGGUUUCAUGGCAGCAUACAGGGUAGAACCCAAAGAAGGAGCUUCCGCCAAUCAAGCAGAAACCGCACUUUCUGCCAAUAAGCGACAUGAUCCAGCAGAAGCAAUCAUGGAAUCUUUGCAUCAAUCUUUGGUAAACCGUGGUCAAGAAGUGGCUGAUAGUCAUAUGAAUAAGACUGAGGGAGAGAAUCAAGCUUAUCUCUUCACUGCUGCUUUGGCCGAACUUCGAACGGAAUUGCAAGUUCGUGCAAGGAACGAUGCAGCAGCAUUGCGUAGCAUGGUAACUUUAUUACAACGAGAAGUUGAUAGUUUGAAUCAAAGGAUGCGUGAAGAUGUUGCAAGUAUGAAGCAUGACAUUCAAGUGGAUAUGAAUAAUCGUAAAAGUGAAGCAAAAGAAGAACAAAAUACGUUAGAUCAAGAAAUUCAAGAUCUCAAUAAUCGUUUCACUAUUAGCAUUAGUGAUUUGAAAACCGAAAUCGAACAGAGCAUCAAAUGGGAUGCAACAAGACGUGCUCUGACAAUCUUCUUUGGUUGUAUCGUCAUCUUGAUCGCCACUCUUGCAGCUGCAGAUUAUUUGACAAGAGAUGAGGUCGAGACAACUGACCAGAGAAAGGCAGGACAACAAGGCAAAGAACAAUCCGAGAUCAAGUCAAAGACACCGGAAGAGCUUGGCUUGGUUGCUACAUACGAUGACGAACAUGGAAAUCGCUAUGUCUAA